GCAUGUGCAGUGAAGGCAGUUGGUAUUUUUAAAGACCGGGUGAAUGGACUGCAAUUGGAUUGCCAGCUGAGUUUCUUCAACUGUUGUUAGUCCUGACGUGACUGGAAGUGCCCAGUUUUUGGUUUUGGAAAGUUUUUUUUUUGAAGUAUCUGCGAGGUCCUGGUUAUUGGCUCGAGGAGGAGCGAUGUCUUGGUACCGCUUUCUCCAUAUUAGUGCAAAGCAUCUGUUCAGACCUGACAUUCAAGGACGGGAACCGUGGAAUUGUUGGAUAAGGAAGCAUCUACCUGCAGUAACCGUAAGACGUUGGAAACAUGGUGCUCCAGAUUCGUUGAACUGUUCCUGGUUGAUGCAUGAUCAACACUUGGAAUUGAAAUUUUCUGACAUGGUGAUGCGAUUAAAUUACGUUUGGCUGCGAGAUCAUUGUCGCUCUGCGUCGUGUUACAACCCAAAGACUAAUCAGCGGAGCUUGGACACAGCUCAGGUGGAUUUGGCUAUUAAACCAGCAAAGAUACGUUCUGACAAUGAUACAAUCUACAUAACCUGGCCAGAUAAUCACAUGACCAAAUACGCCUUGUCAUGGUUGGCAAAAUAUUCUUUCGAAGGCCAGAAACAGACAGUGCAACGUCGUAUCCUCUGGAAUGCUUCCGUUUAUAAUGAAGCCCAAAUGCCUUAUGUUACAUACAAUUCUGUGAUGGAGUCAGAUGAGGAACUGAAAAAAUUUUUGGAAAUCUUCUUGCUUUAUGGCAUUGCUUUUGUUGAUGAAGUUCCUGUGAGUGUUGAGGCAACAGAGGCUGUAGCUUUACGUGUUGGCUUGAUCAGGGAGUCUAUUUUUGGCCGAAUGUGGGAUUUUACUUCGGAUUUUUCUCGUGGUGACACGGCGUACACAAAGGUGGCUCUGGAUCGCCAUAUAGACACUACUUAUUUUCAGGAACCUUGUGGAGUUCAACUGUUCCAUUGUUUGAGGCACGACGGAACUGGUGGAAGAACACUGUUGCAGGAUGGGUUUCAUGCUGCCGAAAAUGUACGAAAAGAAAAUCCACAUAACUUUGAAGUGCUUACCAAAGUACCAAUAAAACAUGAAUACAUAGAGAAUGUAGGAGGAUGCCACAAUCACAUGAUUGGAAUUGGACCAGUUCUGAAUGUUUAUCCUUGGAAUAAUGAAUUAUACCUAAUGAGGUAUAACAAUUAUGACCGAACCGUUAUAAGCACAGUGCCUCAUGAUGUUGUUCAUCAAUGGUAUGUUGCACAUCGAGCCCUUACGACAGAACUCAGAAAACCAGAAAAUGAAAUCUGGGUGAAACUCAAACCUGGAAAGGUUUUAUUUGUUGAUAAUUGGAGAGUCCUUCAUGGACGUGAUGCAUUUACUGGAUACCGUCGUCUGUGUGGCUGUUACCUGAUGAGAGAUGAUGUACUGAACACCGCAAGAUUCCUUGGGAUCGAGAUUUGAAAAACAAAUUUCUGAACUUCUUAUACAAUUUGUUGACUUCAGAGUUUUGACAUGUAUCUGAAUUUUAGAUUUCUAGAGAAACUUAAAAGAUCAUGAACUAUAUAUUCAUUGAAUCAGACAGUUUUACAAAUUAUAUUUAGUUUGCCCAGCUGAACCAUAAUGUUAGUUUUAAAUCUUUAUUAUUAUUAUCUUUCAACUACUGCUUUUUUCAUUUUGACCCACCCUCCUCCUAAUGGAUUAAUGAAGUUUAUUAUUCCAAUUAUGUAAAGUGAAAUUCAUUGUAUACAGUUGCCAAAGAAAUUGUGAUCAGAACCAUUUGUGAAAGACUAGAGUGGUCAACUUGAACAACAAGAUCAAAAGCAUGCUCUCUACAUUCAAUAUUGUUUAGUUUAAGAGUAUUUAUAGUUUAUAGUGCUUAAAUUUGAACUUGGCAGUUGCUUGCUAAUAUGUAACUGGGCUUUUCCUCCCAUAAUCACUUUAUAUGACUGUUAACAACUGCACUAUUAUGGAUAAUGUUUUAUGCAAAGCCUAGUAAAAGCAUAGUAACAUUCACGAUGUGGAAGUGUUGAUGUUGGACUGGGGUGAACAAAGUCAGAAGUCACAUGACACCAGGUUAUAGUCUCAACAGGUUUAUUUGAAAGUUUAUUGAAGUCUUUAGCUUUUGCAGUGCUGCUCCAUCAGGUAGAGAUUCAAAUAAACCUGUUGGACUAUAAACCUGUGUCAUGCAACCUCUGAAUAAUAUUUAUGUUCCAUGCUUUAUACAGAUCAUUUCUGGAUAUUAGAAUGUUUUGAAUUAAUACCUAAAUAAAGCUCCACCCAUACAUUUCUGGCAAUGAGGAAACUUUUUUCUGAGACACAGUUUUUAAAUGUGAUAUAAGGAAGUUGUGAGGAUUCUAAAUCUCGGUUGUAAACACAGCUAUUCAAAAGGGAGGAGAAACAGAAAAUUGAAUAGGUCAAUUAGUUUGACACCAUAGUCGGGAAAAUGCUAGGAUCCAUUACUAGCAAUGUUCUAUCAUAUGUUUGGGUAGAGUGGAUGUAAACUUAUGAAAUUAAACAGUUUUAUCAGAAAUAUUGUAAACUUUUUGAGGUUGCAAUAAUGUAUGUUCAGGGAACUACAGAAUGUUAAUCUUCUAAACUUUCAGAAAGCGUACAAUAAAAUAUAUCACAUCUUUACUACAAAUGGGGCCUAGGGGAUUGAGUAAUAUUUUGGCAAUGAUUUGAAGAUUGUUUAACAGA